AUGGCUCAUAUAGUCAAAGAAAGCAACAAGUUUCAUGGCUUUAUGAUAGCAGGUAAAAUACUCCAUCCACACUCUCGUUUCUUGCAAUGGCAGGACACAGAUGUAAAAGAAAUGUACUCAUUUUUGGCUUUAGUUAUGCUGAUGGGGCUCACUCCAAGGGAAAAUUAUAAGGAAUACUGGUCGACAGAUCCACUUCUUCGCCAGCCUAUUUUCAGUAAAAUCAUGUCAGUAAACAGGUUCAUUGCUUUGCUACAGGCCUUACACUUCCAAGAUAACACUCAGCCAACUGAUGAUGACAAAAUGAGAAAAAUAAGGCCCAUCUUUAACUACAUUUGCCAUAGUUUCAAGUCAUCAUUCAAACCAUUUCAAAAUUUAGUUAUUGAUGAAAGUUUGGUUCUGUGGCGUGGUAAUAUACACUUUCGCCAGUACAUCCCAUCCAAGCGCCACCGAUUUGGCCUAAAACUAUUUGUUCUUUGUGACUGUGAAACUGGCUUCAUUUUGGACAUGAUUUUGUACACUGGGGCAAGAACAAACAUCAAAGAGAAUAAGAAGUUGGGCAUAUCAGGAAGCGUUGUCAGUACCAUGCUUGAGUCUUACCUUGGUCAAGGACAUAUACUUUUUGUUGACAACUGGUACACCAGUCCUACACUGCUCCACUAUCUGCAUGAGAGAAUGACUGGGGCCUGUGGUACGGUAAAGCCAAAUCGCAAGUUUAUGGCCAAAUUCCCCAUCGGACUGCAGAAAGGCGAUGUUGUUCACAAGCAGGCAAACAACAUUCUUGCAGUGAAAUGGAAGGACAAGAGAGACGUUCAUCUCCUCACCAGUGUCCAUGAACCAAAGUUGCAAACGAGUGAGAACAUUGACCAUUCCACAAAAACCUUCAUCGACAAACCUGAAUGUGUUAUUGUCUACAACCAAAACAUGCGCCUUGUAGAUAAAAGUGACAGCAUGAUGUCAUCUGUGGAAUGUUCAAGGAAAACAAUGAAAUGGUACAAAAAGAUGUUUUUUCAUCUGAUUGACUGUGCUGUCCUCAACGCCCAUAUUCUAUACCAGGUCAAAACUGGCGAGAAGCCGACACUCCAUGACUUCACAAGGGAGGUAAUAAGACAGCUUCUUGAGCAGUAUUCGGAGCCUCUUCCUACAGCAGGACGACGACGAGCAUCUCAUGGUGACGAUCCUACACGUCUCACAGGUCGUCAUUUUCCCAAGUAUAUCCGACCUACAGCUGCCAAGAAAAACGCCCAAAAGCCUUGCCACGUCUGCCGCACCACCACACUCCGGCCAAAGCAACGCAAAGAUACGAGGUUCAUGUGUGUGCCCUGCGACACGGCUCUUUGUCUGGACCCGUGUUUUGAGGUAUAUCACACUCUCAAGAUAUACUAG